AUGGCAUACGAUUCACCAGUCACAGCAGGCCUUGAUCUCCUUCGCCAUGUUCCUCCAAAGGAUAUCGAAGAUCGUAUGUUUGAUUUGUUUCAACUUAAGCCUGACUUAACAGAAGAAAUGAUUUCGGCAGUUGAUAUUCCCUUAAAAGUCGAGACUGAUAAGGAUACGCAACAAGGUUUCAUCAAAUGUGAUUACAAUAGAGAUGGUGAUUCAUAUAGAUCGCCGUUCACUCACAAGUAUUAUCCGCCAUUACCAGAUGGACAGCAGAUAUCGCCGAAACUCCGUAAGCUUGAAGAGCUUGCAAACAAGGCAUUCGGAUCCUAUCUAAACCUAUUCUUCAGAUACGGUACAAUUUCUGUGUAUUGCUGGGAUCUUGAUGACAUCUCAUUCGGUUUAGGUGUUUUCGUACGCAAAGAUACAGACUCGACCGAAGGAUUCUUGGGAAGUAUAAACUGCUCAGAUAUUUUCACAAUUACAGAAAAAUCUUCGGGACAGUAUGAUUAUGAGAUGGUUUCAUCAAUUCUCUUAGAAGUCAAGGUUGAUGUUCCAAAAUCCAAGCCGGUUGUUCUUUCUGGUGGCUGCGCAGAUAGUAAAAUUAAAACUCUGACAGCAAAGGAUAACAUUGAAAUGCUCGUAAAUAUCGGAACAAUGAUUGAAGAUAAUGCAGCAAACUUCAUGGAACAUGUUAAGCAGAUUUACGUUUCAAAGAUGUCAGAAAUUUUAAGCUAUACUAAGGGAACUGCUUUUGUUGUUGCUGGAGAAGCACAAGAUCUUAUGGCACAGGCCAUGAAAGAUUAUGUAAAUCGUUCUUCUAAGUAG